GCGGCCCCUCUCCGCCAUGGCCCUCCUGGCUCACUCUCUGGCACUGCUGGCAAUGACCGUGGCCACCGUGGCCAUCAAGGUGGUGCCCCUGGACAUGGCCCAGGACUCCUUCGAUGACCAGUACCGGGGCUGCAGCCCUGCCAUGAUUGCAGCUUUGCCGUCCCUCUACAGCUUCGAGUACCAGAAGAAUCCUCACUUUGCCAGCGGCUGGGUGAAGGCUGAGGCUGAGUGGCGCAAGCGGGGCUCCCAUGUGUCCCCUCUGGCGUCCCCAGCCCAGGCUGUGGCUGUCAUGGCCUACACAAUGAAGUACCUAUACAAGGAGUUCAACGCUGCCGUGCGUGCAGCUGGGCGUUCCCGCCAGGAAUACCGGAACAAUUUCCACUUCAAAAUGCUGCAUUUCCUGCUGACCGACGCCCUGGUGACACUGAGGCACGCUCAGAACAGGCAGUGUCGCCACGUGUUCCGGGGCGUGCGUGAUGUUCUUUUCAAGGCACGACGUGGCCAGAGGAUCCGGUUUGGUCAAUUCACAUCGACAUCGCUGAGCAAAGAGAUUGCCCAGAAAUAUGGAGCAGACACGAUAUUCGAAGUGCACACGUGCCACGGUGUGGACAUCCAGGCUUUUUCCUAUGAUCCUAGCAACCGAGAGGUGUUGAUCCCACCAUACGAGACCUUCAAGGUCACCAAAGUCUCCCAAAAUGGGAAGAAGACAAGGAUCAGUCUCCGCUCCGCCGGGACCUUCAGCAAAUACAGCUGCGCGUGGCUGUGA